AUGAAGAAGGGAAAAGUGUAUACUGUCAAAGUUAUAACAAAUCUAAGAGGACACAUUUCCAAGGCUGUUUGUGGCUACCCGGCUGCAGUGGAUGGCCGAUGUAACCAUCUUCCUGUGACUCAUAAAAAAACAUAAACAGAUAAACAGAACAAUGAAGUUUUCACAAGUGCUGCAAACACUGCUGGUCCUGUGAGUCACCAAGAAACUUAUGUCCCAUGCACCUCAAAGCCAUGCCAAUGGAAUUUACCGGAAAAAAAGGAAACUAAAUGCAGAAACCAUACAGUCUUUGAAGUUUCAAAAACACGAAUAUGGUAA